AUGGGCUUCGUGCGGAAGCCAGUUCUUGGAUAUGUCGAGCAUAUCAAUAUAUUUGUAAUCACGUUUUCCUUGUCUGUGUAUUCAUCUUAUUUCUCUUCAUGCAAAACUUGUAACGGUUUCGUCUGUAAGGACCCAAAAGCCGUGAUGGCGGAGGACUUCUUCCUCGCGGCCAAACUCGACAUGCCAAGAGACACAAAGAUAAGCAAGGUUGGGUCGAACGUGACAUUGAUUAACGUCAUGAAGAUUGCUGGCCCCAACAUGCUUGGCAUCUCCCUCACACGCAUCGACUACGCACCCCUAGGCGAGAACCCUCCGCACAGACACCCCCGUGCCACUGAGAUCCUCACCGUACUUGAGGGUACGCUCUACGUCGGCUUUGUCACGUCCAACCCGGAAAACAAGCUCUUCUCCAAGGAGCUCAGGAAGGGUGAUGUGUUUGUUUUCCCACAAGGACUCAUCCACUUCCAGUUUAACCCCAACCCCUACAAGCCGGCGGUCGCAAUUGCCGCACUUAGCAGCCAGAACCCAGGGGCAAUUACCAUUGCUAACGCUGUAUUUGGAUCAAAUCCUAUGAUCUCGGAUGAUAUUCUCGCCAAGGCCUUUCAGGUGGAGAAGAAGACCGUGGACUGGCUCCAAGCUCAGUUCUGGGCCGACAACCACAAUUAAUUUUUGUUUCUAUGGUUGCGAGGGUUCGACCACAAAAUUGUAUUCUUUGUGAUUGUAAUUAUUUAUUGUAUU